GGAAGCUGCAAGCUUCGCACAAUACCGACUAUUCGGGCUGGCCUGGUCGUCACGUUCAAGAAAAUCUCAGAACUCGGUAUCAGCAUGGUUGGGGUGCCAGGGCGAUCCAAGGCUUGCUCGACCUGCCGGGAGAGGAAAAUCAGCUGCGACGAGGCGAAACCACGAUGCAGUCGUUGCGUGAGAUCCGGGCGGGAAUGCGGCGGCUACAAGCGUCCUCGAGUAUUCGUCAAUCGGUUUUCCGAGACACAACUGCCGCCCGUGCAAGCAUAUACACUGAGCGGCACUAGGAGGGACCCGAGGCAUGGCCGAUGGACAGUAUACAUCCCGGAUCCUCACACAGUAUCAACGAUGUCCAAGUCGCCAGACCUCCACCCGGCAGAACAGCAACAGCUCAUCUCGCGCUUCAUACAGGGUUUCUGCCCGCCGAUGGACCCGACAUUGCGGCCCUCCGAGCGCAUACACCAUUACUGGGUUUACUGCCUGCCAAGCAUCCACGGCAGAAGUCAUGUCCUCGAUACCGCAAUCAUGACACUCUGUGCUAGUUUUCUCGGUCGCAUCAUGAACGAUGAGGUUCUGCAACAAAGGGCCAUCAGUGUGUGCGGUGAGGCGCUCAGGAGUCUCUCGACCAUCAUUGCCGCUCCCAACUUCUCUGCAAGUGACAAUGUGCUGGCGGCUGUCAUGUGUCUUGGGAUGGCCGAGGUGUACUCGGUACCAACGCAACCUGCAGUCGAUGUCGGGUGGGCUAGCCACAACAAAGGGGGUUGUGAGCUGCUCGUGUCCCGCGGCCCAAGCAUUUUACGGAGCGAGCUCGCCCGGGGGUUGCUGCUGCGCUUUCGCGUUACCGGGCUUUCUACCGCCAUCGGCAGGAGAAAGCCGUUUCCUUUCGCGGACGAGGAGCUUCGACAGAUAUCUAAGGCGGCCAAUCAGAACUACUACGACCACCUCAUGGACGCCCUCGUGGAUAUCCCCGGGCUUCUGCACGACCUUAACGACAUGCGCCAAGCAGGUGCCGAGUCAGAGAACGGCCUCCGAGAUAUCCUGGCGCGCGGUAAAGCGGUGGGCGCUGAACUACGAAGAUGGUUGGCAGACUUUGUCGCACAGCAGCCCUCCGCUUGGCACUGCGUAGAUGGACCCCUACACCCGGGGCCAUAUUUAUUUCACGGAACAUUUCGCUUCCAUAAUCUUCUGGCUGCCCAGGCCAUGACGCAUUUCUGGGCUGGACUGGUCAUCCUUGCCAGGUGCUACGCUAUGUGCCAAGACAUGAGUCGAGGUGUCACGGACCUCGACGAGGACGUGCAUGUGGCUUGCAUGCAAUUGUUCGAGUGCUCGCCCCUGCAGGUCUCCAGGACGCCAUGGGGCCCCCAAGCUCUCGGUUCACACUUCGCAGACAUGAUAUGUUCUGCAGCAGACUAUUUUACCUCAAGGGACAGAGGCAUAUCGGGACCUAUAAUCCUCUUGUUCCCUUUGUGGAUAGCCAAGGAUGUGUAUGCCAAUAUGCAGAAUCAUUUGUCAAGACUUAAGGAGGUUUUCUGCGUUGGGGUGUUUCAGGAACUUGGACGCCGUGGCAUGAAAAUCUCGGAUGCUUUGGUUGGUCUAAGUACAAAACAACCUUGAGGGUUUGUUGGUCGUCUCUCUGACGUGGCGACACUGUGGAUUUUACAAGCAGAUCUCCAUUCUGAGCGUUCUCUGUUUGCAGGGUGACCACCUCCCGGCUGUCCUUGAGCGGCUAAG